UGAAUCUUGUGUCUUUGCUGACGCGGGGAGACUGGCAACUGUUGCCGUAGGAAUAAACGCCAUAGCCACCGUAGCUGUUGACGACUGUUACCCACCAAUACGUAAAAGUUUCCUAAAUGAUCUGAUGGCUACACAGACAUUCGUCACAGAUUUGCAGGCAAUGAACCCAACUGUUGUUCAAGUACAGCAGGGUUCUUCGAAAUCACCAUCUACAUCUCAGUCACAGAAUGGACAGACCCAAAAGACAACUAUCAUACAGCCUUCCCAGACACAUUCUGGCCAACAGUUCAUUGUUACAAUUCCAGAUCAGUUGGGAGAUCAGGCACAGGGUGGAGACACUGUGACCAUCCAACAAGGAGGACAAGCAGUUUACCCCACACAUGUACAGUACGUAGAUGGCUCAGAUCCUGGUAUCUACGCAAAUGGCCAAAUGCAAGGUACUUAUCAGAAUGAGUAUGGACAGACAAUGUAUACACCAGUAUCCAGUGCAUACUAUCAAAGUACAGGGCAGCAGUUAGGGACCGUACAGACAGUUCAGGGACAGAUUUUGCAGCACCAGGGAGGAACUUACCUAAUCCAGGGAGGCACAAUGGAUGGAGAGGGUACUCCCCUCACCCACACCACCCGAGCUUCACCUGCUACGGUUCAGUGGUUGAUAGACAACUAUGAGACAGCUGAGGGAGUGAGUCUACCCAGGAGUACCCUAUAUAAUCACUAUCUGAGACACUGUCAAGAACAGAACUUAGAUCCAAUGAAUCCAGCUUCCUUUGGGAAACUUAUCAGAUCGGUCUUUUUGGGGUUAAGGACAAGACGCUUGGGUACAAGGGGGAACUCUAAGUACCAUUACUAUGGAAUAAGGAUAAAGGCCAACUCACCUUUAAAUCAGUUCACUGACAAUGAAACAAUGGCAAUCAGGCAACAGCCUCUUUAUCAUGGUAAAGGUAAAGGAGAGGUAGAUGGUUCAGACAGCAAUCAUGGUCCACAUGGAGCUCAUGAUCCCGCCAAGGCUCAACAAGAACAGCACCAACAAUUUCUGGGAGAUGCAUCUGCUGCUCUUCCAAACUUUGGUGAUAUUGACACAUCUAUGCCUUUCCCUGAAGGAAUUACAAUCGAGCAUGUCAGGUCAUUUGAGAAAAUGUACAGAGAGCAUGCCGAGGCUAUUGUCGAUGUAGUGGUCAAUUUACAAUUCUCCCUCAUCGAGGCUUUAUGGCAGGGCUUCUGGAGAAAUCAACCUCCUGAUCAGUUAACAGCUGACAAUGAUUAUGAGAAGCGAUUACCAAAGGAGAAAUUGUAUUUGGUUAGUUCAUAUGAACCUCUCCAGCAGUGGGUCAGGAGAGCAGAUUACACAUUUUAUCAAGCACUUGUGGAAGUUCUGAUUCCAGAUGUUCUACGACCUAUUCCUAGUUCACUUACACAAGCCAUAAGAAAUUUUGCCAAAAGUUUAGAAAACUGGUUAAAAAGUGCCAUGACAGGUGUCCCAGAGGAAAUGGUGAAGACAAAGGUGAGUGCUGUUAGUGCCUUUGCUCAGACUCUGCGUCGGUACACCUCACUCAACCAUUUAGCUCAGGCAGCAAGGGCAGUUCUACAAAACACUUCCCAGAUCAAUCAGAUGUUAACUGAUCUCAACAGAGUGGACUUCGCAAAUGUCCAAGAACAAGCAUCCUGGGUGUGUCAGUGUGACGAUGCUGUGGUGCAGCAGUUACAGGAUGACUUUAAGAAGACCCUGGAGCUCCAGAACUCACUGGAGCAGUGGGCCGUUUGGCUGGAGGGAGUAGUUAACCAGGUUCUCAAACCUCAUGAAGGGAGUGAAAACUUUCCUAAAGCAGCCAGGCAGUUCUUACUGAAAUGGUCAUUUUACAGCUCAAUGGUGAUAAGGGAUUUGACCCUGAGAAGUGCAGCAAGUUUUGGUUCUUUUCACCUUAUCCGCCUGUUGUAUGAUGAGUACAUGUUCUAUCUGGUGGAGCACAAGGUGGCGGCUGCCACAGGAGAGACCCCCAUAGCUGUCAUGGGAGAGGUCAGACAGUUCAUCGAUAUCAGCAGCGCUGUCCUGAUGAGUAAUCUUGAAGCUGAAACAAAGCCCAUAGUAUUUAGUAAAGCUGCAACAAGUGCUAGCACAACUUCUGCUCAAACAUUGCUGAACAAAGGUGAGACUGGACAGACCAAUGCCACAACACUGAUGGUCUUGUCUAAUUCUGGUACCACAGGAAACCCCAGUGUCAAUGGUAAUGUUAUUGUGACUGCAGCUCCUGGUUCAAAUCCCACAACUGUCACCGUAAGAGCGGCUGGUAGUGGGAGCACUAUACCAGGAACUAAAACCAUUGUUGUGAUGCCAGUAUCUAAUGCUGUUGGCUCAGGGGAUGGACAGAAUACAAAGAGAUUAAAAGUGGAGUAGUGUUUAACAACAGAAUAUACCCAAGGAGCAUGUCUGAACAAAUCUUUGAUAUCUUGUGAACUUUUUGAAGUUGUAAUUCCAUCCUAUUUUGUACAUAUGUUUUUAUGUAUUUAGUGUUUAAAGAGUUCAUGUUGCAAGUUAUUUGAGAUUUAGAAAAGAGGAGAUGUGAUUCAGCAAAGAAUGUUUAAGAUAAUCUGUAAAUUAGCAAACCAUUAUAUUCUGGACUUUGUAUAUUAAAGGAUGGUUUAUAUGACGUAAAGACUGAUACAAGUGACGUCAAAAAGUGAGAGUGAACUAUCAUGUAGUAUGUGGAAAGUUGCAUGUAUAGGUGAAGGCCAGAGGGACAAAUCCAGUUUCUGAAAGGGAACACUGUGAUAAAGUUUUUAAACAGACUUUUAAAAAAAAUGAAAUUCAACUGUAUCUGCACAUUUCAUAGUUUUGUCUCCUAAAAGUUACUCUGACUUGUGGUGCAAUUGCAUGACGACAUUUCAUACAAUCAUUUAUCACUGGUUCAUUGUUUGACUUUUGUUUCAAAUUUGUUUUUAAUUGCUUGCUGUUUAAUACAUAAAAUUCUUUUCAAAUGGUUGGUCUUGUCACACUUUUUUUUGCAUGAUUUAAUACUGCUCCAAUUAAAUGUAUGUGUAUAUUUUCAAUUCAGUAUGAUUACAUCAGUAUUUGUUGAAGUAGUAUGUUGGAUUGUUUUGUGAAAUGUUACAUGACGGAAGUAGCAAGCUGUAUAAUUAUUUAAAAGUGUACAUUUCUAUACAGAAGAAAUUUGGAGAAAAUUAUUCAUGUACAGUACCUUUGUCAUUUUGUAGAAUUUAGUUUUAGAAACUAGUCAUAUUUAUUAUCUAAAUAGGGUAUUUAAUUUUUUUGAAUUCUUUGGUUUUUAUCCUAGUGAUUGCUAAAUUUAGCAGGAAAUAGGUAAAAUGUAUAUUUAAACAAAUGUGUUUACAAGUAGCUCUAAGUUAUUUUUUUUCUUAGGAAUUAAAAUUGAAUAUAGAUCAAUGUGAUAUGGUAGAUUUGAUGAAGAUUUUAGACAAGUUAUUUUAGAAUAAUUUCCUAUCUUCUGUCAGAUGUCUGACAAUCUGUGCCUUAGACCAAAUAUAGCAGGACAAUGUUUGUACAGAAAGUUUAUAAUUAUACUGUAGCAAGACGUGUGUAUAUCAUAUUUCGGGCGGGUAAACUUUUUGUAGUGCUUAAUUUUAUGAUUUGCAGUUAUUUAUUUUAUUUAUUAGUAUACAAAUUGGAAAGGCAUUGUGUUCAAUGAGACUGCUUCUUAAGUACUGCUGUCACAUUCUGUAGACUGUGACAUUGAUGAUUCAGAAAAGUUAUUUUUGUGAUUGGAAAUCUUGAUUACAAGUUAUAAGAAUUUAAAAUGAAUAAAGCUAAUUGUUGAAAAUA